UUCGAUAUCCCUCUCUAUGCUUUAUGUUUCUGGUUUGUUAGUAAAUCAGUAAAUGCGAUGGUAAAAUGGAAGAUGUGGCAACGUCGGUGGCGCGAGGAACUCCCGGCCACGGUCUAGGCCAUUCUCAUUCUCGGCAGGAACACGUGGAUUUUUCAAUAUCUUUUCUUUUCUUUGCCGGCUGUUGUUUGAUAGGAGUCAUACGAUCGGGAUGUUUUGACCUAUAUAUAAAUUCUCGAAGGAAAUCGGCUGGUCAGUUAUCGAGUCGCUUUGUAUACGGUUCGGGUAAAUUAAUCGUAGGAAACGCGUCGUUUUUAAUUCAAUCGGUUUUUUCGGUAAUUUUUUUGAUUCGAAGAGCCGGCGUUUUCGUGCGCUUUUUUAUUUUAUAUAUUUUUUUUUGAUGCGUUCGACGAACUUCGUUUGAACAUUUUGUGCUUCGUUGGUUUUUGAUUUACCGGAUCCGAUACAAUGGCUCCAAACACGACAAUGGCAACGGGCGUGCUUCACGAAUGCGACGAUGAGAUUCAAGCUCAAAUAAUUCCCCCGGAAGUUUCGAAGCCGAGCAAUCGCAAGCUGGAAUUGGUCUGGAGAAAUAUCAUUCUCUUCGUUUAUCUUCACAUGGUAGCCCUUUAUGGUUUAUACAUUAUUUUGACAUCGGCCAAACUUCUGACGACGUUUUUCGCUAUAUUUUUGUACAUUUGCGGCGGGCUGGGAAUCACAGCAGGAGCGCACAGAUUGUGGGCCCACAGGGCUUACAAAGCAAAAUGGCCGCUCAAAGUGAUCCUCACAAUUUUCAACACCUUAGCAUUCGAGAAUUCGGUGAUUGAAUGGUCGAGGGAUCACCGAGUCCAUCACAAGUUCAGCGAAACCGACGCCGAUCCGCACAACGCCAAGCGCGGUUUCUUCUUCUCCCACGUCGGUUGGCUGUUGUGUCGCAAACACCCCGAGGUAAAAGUCAAGGGCAAGAGCAUCGACAUGGCGGAUUUGGAAGAAGAUCCCAUCCUGGCUUUCCAGCACAAAUACUACCUGGCUCUGAUGCCUUUCGCCUGCUUCAUCAUCCCGACCUUCAUUCCCAUGUACUAUUGGAACGAAACGUUCGUGAACUCCUUCAGUGCAAACAUAUUUAGGUAUGUUUUCACGUUGAACGCCACCUGGUUGGUCAAUUCGGCAGCGCACAUAUACGGACACAAACCUUAUGAUAGGUUCAUCAAUCCGGCCGAGAAUGUAUCGGUAUCGGUAUUCGCGUUGGGCGAGGGCUGGCACAACUACCAUCACACGUUCCCAUGGGACUACAAAGCGGCCGAAUUCGGCAAGUACAGCACCAAUUUCUCGUCGAUGUUCAUCGAUUUCUUCGCCAAGAUCGGCUGGGCGUACGAUCUGAAGACGGUGUCGCAGGACAUGAUCCAGAAGAGGGUGAAGAGGACCGGCGACGGAACGCACGAGAUCUGGGGCUGGGGCGACAAGGACCAGCCCAAGGAGGACUAUCAGGAAGCCGUUAUAAAAUACAAGGAGAUGCGAUAAUUUCGAUGGGGAGGUAAUUCUAAUAGGACGCGAGUUUGAUUAGUAGUCGUGACAACAAUGCUAUUU